AUGAAUGUCAUUUUCGUCAAUGGAUUCCAGCGUAAGGAAUUCUCUCAUAGCACCGGAUCAUCAUCAAUCUCUCAUAGCACCGGAUCAUCAUCAUUCUCUCACAGCACCGGAUCAUCAUCAGUCUCUCAUAGCACCGGAUCAUCAUCAGUCUCUCACAGCAUCAGAUCAUCAUUAGUCUCUCAUAGCAAUGGAUCAUCAUUAGUCUCUUAUGAUCACAUCUCUCACAGCACUGGAUCAUCAUCAGUCUCUCACAACACCGGAUCAUCAUCAGUCUCUCACAGCACCGGCUCAUCAGUCUCUCAUAACACCGGAUCACCAUCAGUCUCUCACAGCACUGGAUCAUCAUCAGUCUCUCACAACACCGGAUCAUCAUCAGUCUCUCACAGCACCGGAUCAUCAGUCUCUCAUAACACCGGAUCACCAUCAGGCCCUCACAGCACUGGAUCAUUAUCAGUCUCUCACAACACCGGAUCAUCAUCAACUGGAUCAUCAUUAGUCUCUCAUACUCACAGGACUGGAUCAUUAUCAGUCUCUCACAACACCGGAUCAUCAUAA